CGGAGGUAGCAUUGAGGCGGUAGCAUUGAGCUUACAUACAUAGCACUUCCAAACAAAACCGCUUCCUGCUUACCCUCUCACGCCCUUCCAAGUCCACUUUGAUCAUAGUCAUCGUCCCGUCCUGUCAAUCAUGGGCGAAGACGACGCCCUGGCGCUGCCCACUCUGGACUUCGAGCAACUGCUUGGCACUGACGCAGCAGCCUUCAGCGCCUCGAAUGACUUCGUGGAUGGCCUAACGUCGCUCGCAGGGGGCGCGCCGCCAUGUCCAUCUCACACAACCGACGACUGCCUGUGCCAUGGCUUUCUGAGUGAGAUUCCAGACUUUGACCUCCCAGCGCCGAGCAAUGAAGCCUUGCUCGGUCUCAAUGAGCCUGAUUACUCCAAGUUCGAGAACUGGAUCCCUCGCUUCGUCCGGCCAGAAAAGCCUUGUGACUACUGUCGAUCGAAGCGCCUAGAUUGCUACCUUGACCGUGAGAACCCAAGCUGCAAAGCGUGUCAGUCUCUGUUCCGCGAAUGUAGCUUCACGAACACGCAGACGCUUGAAGGUCUCAACUCAAAUACUAGAGCUUUGCUCGACACCUUACAUGCUGUUGACGAGAAUGGCGCGCAGGAGCAGGGUACCUUGACUGGUGUCAAGCCCCUCCGAUCAUUCCAAGGCCACUCUGGUACAACUACGCCGCCGGUAAAUCUAGAUGAUGCGCCAGGCAGCAGCAAGCGGAACGGCAUAAGAUUCCCAAAGCAUGCUGUUAAAAUUCUGCGAGAUUGGCUGGAUGCUCACACCGAACAUCCCUAUCCGACCGAAGACCAGAAGGUUGAGCUCGAGAAGGCCACCGAGCUCAAACCAAGCCAGCUCGCAAAUUGGCUUGCGAAUGCCCGACGCCGUCGUAAGGUGACCGAUAAGCGGCCCCUGAUUCCUGGCUCGCCCUCGCUUCGACCGUCGACGCCUGCUCUGCCUAUUCCAAAGGCGGCCGACAAGCCGUGGGAAGAGCUCAACCCUUUCGAACGUUGGAAGCAAUCGCCUCCCGAACACGAGCCUGCUGCAAUCACGGAUAUCGCGCACGCCGUCGCCAACACCGACCCUAUCAACGAGCUCGACUCAGUUUCACCGUCUAGCGCAAGUCAUCGGUAUAAGCGAUCCAGCAAUGAGUCGGGAUCGAGGCUGUCCGGCUUGCGAGCUCCAUCUACCACCUCCGUUGAGACAACCACAGCGCAUUCGUCGACCCAGUCAGCUUCAAGCGCCGCAUUCUCGCACAACUCUUCACAUUCGAAGGGGUCGUUUGGCUCCUUCAGCUCUUCGCUUGCUGGGAAACGGGACCGGCGAAGACGACGACGACCAGCAUUAAACCCACCCGCUCGCCCCUCGGAUGACAAGAAGCGCAUGUUCCAAUGCACCUUCUGUACUGAUACGUUCAAGGCCAAAUACGAUUGGACAAGGCAUGAGAAAUCGCUUCAUCUGUCUCUGGAGAAAUGGAUCUGUCACCCGCUGGGGCCCGUUAUCGAGGAUCCUGCGACGAAAAUGAAGAAGUGUGUCUUUUGUGAUGCCAUCGAACCGUCGAAAGAACAUAUCAAGAGUCACGGCUACCAACAGUGCGAUGAUAAAGGGCACGAUGCUCGCACGUUUUACCGCAAGGACCACCUACGCCAGCAUCUGCGACUGAUGCAUGGCUGUGAAAUGACAAGCUUCAUGGACCUUUGGAAGUCAACUGCGGUCAAUAUAAACAGUCGCUGCGGCUUCUGUGCCAAGCGCUUCACAGUCUGGCAGGAGCGGGUGGAUCACUUAACGGCUCACUUCAAGGCCGGAGCACGUAUGUCGGAGUGGAAAGGCUGCCGAGGCCUUGAUCCAGCCGUUGCCGCGCAGGUCACUAACGCCAUGCCGCCCUACUUGAUCGGCAUCGAAGCCGUCAGUCCGAAUCCUUUCAGCGCAUCGAACAGGGCCACCUGGCAGCAGCAUUUUCCCAAUGAGCGGAGUGGAGAAGGGCACAUGCCCGGCGAUUUUGGUGGGCGACACAGUAACGACCCGGCGAACGUAAAUGAUGUCGGCACUACUGCUACGUGCUGGGAGGUUCUGACGGUGCGUCUUGGCCGGUAUGCGAACGAGAUGGCGCACAAAGGCGUUGUCCUGAGCGACAGCAUGCUGCAAGCACAAGCCCGGCGCAUUCUGUACGAUUCAGAUGACACGUGGAAUCAGACGGCUGCAGACAACCCAGAGUGGCUGGACUUGUUCAAGAAGGCGCACGGUCUGGAGUUCAUUCCCAGCGCCAUCGGUGGCUCAGGCGCUCAGAUCCCGGAAGACCUCGAGACCUACACCGACUUAGGGCUAAGAAUCCCAUUCGCUGUGCAACUACAAGCGUACAAUCACAGACAGGCACAGCAGCAGCAGUUCGGUGGGACCGAGAACAUGCCUGUAGGUUUACUAAAGCAGAAGGCGCAUUUCCGCGACAUAUACGCCGAGCUUGACAAACAAGGAAAGCUACAUGACGAGCACUUCGUUUGCGGGCACGCGGAGUGCGUGCAUAAUACGGCGGACAUUAGCUGGCUGGCUGAGAUGGAUGUUGCUGGGCCACGACACAAACGUUGGUGCAACCAUGAGCUCCCCGCCGACCUUGUCAAGCCGUGGUCCGCUUACACUGGUUCCGCUGCGGCUCCGAGCGCUCAAGCGUUUGCGCAGGGUGAUUAUGCGCGUGCGCGAGCGAGCUGUCUGGAAGUACUGUCGCGCUUGGAGGCGCCGCUAAAGGAUGAUUGUCCGUGCGGUGACCAUGACCAGCAGGCGGAAGCGAAGAAGAAGCAAUAUCUUCAGCGGCACAAGUACGAGCUUCCUCAAGACCGCGCCGCUCGCUUCGAGACCACUACCGGCGCCUGGCAGGAUAGUGGGAUGAUGCCCGAACCGCAGCGUACUCUACCUGUUGGCGGGAAGAGCACGCCGGACAUCGAACAGACGCAGAGUACGACGACUGGAGCGAUGAUGGAGUUUCUCGGUGGCACUGUGGGUGGCGAGCUGCCGUUCAGCACUGACGUGUCCACUUCGACCAUCCCUUUGCCGUUGCUCGGUGCGAACAAUGACUGGAUGGCGGCUGAAGGUUUGCCUACGGACGAUCCUGCCUUCAUGCAAGAGCUGGAUGAGUUCAUCGCUUCGACUACCGCGCCCACAAUACAGUCAGGCUAUGCGUUGGCCUCGAGUAUGCCGGCAUUUUCUGCGGCCAGCGGCAUUGAACAGUCAAUGAUGCUUCGCACUGCCCCGGCUGAUUCGACUAUGGAUAUGGCGAUCGAGGAUCUGAACUUUGACGACAUGACGUUUGGGACUGAUUUUGAGAUGGACUUAUAGAAAACUUUUGGUAUACUACGAGUAUUGGGAGGCUAGAGGUUAUUCUUGUUGAAUUGGGUUCCGAAGCGUGGCGUAGCGUAACAAUGGGGCCAAUAGCAAUCGCCAAAUACAAUAUCUGGCAGUAAAGUAUACAGGAUUCACUGCAUGGCGA